UGCCAGUUUGGCUUCUAUGGACUGGGCGAGAAGGAAAGAAACAUCUAGGAAGUAGGAAUGGUAGAAGCAAAUGUGCAGCAAGCCAAGGCAACUAAGUUUCUCUUUUUAGACUGGAAAGUUGUGUUCAUCUUCUUCAUAAAAGCUGCCCAAUGGCUCCCUUGUUAUCGCCAAUGAAAGUUCUCUCAAAAUGUUGUGGAAAGUUUGGAUUUGGGAAAGUUGUGGAUUCCGAUUCUAAGGAUUUAGAAUACCCUCAGUUCCUGGAAUUUGAUCCAACUGGUAGAUAUGGCAGGUAUAAUGAGAUCCUUGGCAUGGGAGCUUCAAAAACAGUUUACAAGGGUUUUGAUGAGUAUGAAGGGAUUGAAAUUGCUUGGAAUCAGGUGAAGCUAAAUAGAUUUCUUCGAAGCUCUCAGAAUUUGGAGAGGCUUUAUUGUGAGAUUCAUCUCCUCAAAACCCUAAAGCAUAAGAACAUCAUGAAAUUUUAUACCUCUUGGGUGGAUACUUCCAAGAGAAAAAUCAAUUUUGUCACCGAGAUGUUUACCUCUGGCACUCUAAGACAAUACAGGCAGAAGCAUAGGAGGGUUAACAUUAGGGCAUUGAAACAUUGGUGCAGGCAAAUCUUAAGUGGUUUGCUUUACCUCCAUAGCCAUGACCCUCCUAUCAUACAUAGAGACCUCAAAUGUGACAAUAUUUUUGUUAAUGGAAAUCAAGGAGAGGUCAAGAUUGGUGAUUUGGGUCUCGCCGCAAUCCUCCGAAAACCUCUCGCCGACCAUUGUGUGGGCACACCAGAAUUCAUGGCUCCUGAAGUAUAUGAAGAAUCAUAUAAUGAAUUGGUAGAUAUAUACUCUUUUGGAAUGUGUGUUUUAGAAAUGGUGACACUUGAAUAUCCUUAUAGUGAAUGUAAUCACUCUGUAGAAAUCUACAAAAAGGUUACCUCUGGUAGAAAACCAGAUGCUUUAUAUAAAGUUGAGGAUCCUGAAGUUAGAAAAUUUGUGGAGAAAUGCAUUGCAAAGGUGUCAGAGAGAUUCUCUGCAAGGGAGCUUCUGAAUGAUCCUUUUCUCCUAAUCGAUGAGCCUAAUCUGACUUAUGGGGCAGGAGACAUCACACCAAUGAGUCGGAUUCUUAGAGAAUCUGAAACAAACGGGUUCAAUGCUGAUUUGGAACUUACAAUCAAGGGAAUGAGGAAAGAUGAUGGUAGCAUCUUUUUAAGUAUUAGAAUUUCUGAUACAGAAGGCAAUGUCAGGAACAUCUUCUUUCCUUUCGAUCUUGACAACGAUACUGCGAUGAGUGUCGCGACAGAGAUGGUCACUGAUUUGAAUAUAACUUACUAUGAUAUCACACAAAUUGCAAAGUUGAUUGAUGAUGAAGUUGCUUCCUUGGUUUCAGAAUGGCAACCUGGCUUGAACAUAGGAGAGAUGCCAGGUCAUGCGAUGCCAUCCAAUGACGAGCCGGAUUUUUCGUCGGCAAAUCCCGUCUUAAGUUACUUGCCGAAAACGAAUGAAAGUAGUACUGAAAACUCUGAAAACCUUGACUGUUCCCUUCAUGGCCGAUUUGGAGAGAUAACAUACCAUGUCAGAGACAGCGAGCGUGACACACAGGGAGCUUCAAUUCCCUCUCCCAGACCCACAGAACCUCUCUUUCAAACUACCUUGAAUGAAAUCAACGGGCAAAUUGACCAGUCUUCCAAAAUCCACCAUCAUAAAGAACCAAGCCUUGAAAUGCAUCAGAAGGAAACUGAAGAUCAGAAUGAAAUUAGAACGUUGAGUACAUCUGAUUGUAAGCUAAUGAAAUCUUUUCAUUUAAUGAGAAAUUUCUCAUAUCGCAUCCCUUCUGAUGACAGUUUUAAUGGUGAUGCAAUCAAUGGCAACAUCAAUCAUAAAUCUGCUGAAAAUAGUAAUAUUUCACCUGAGAAAAUCAUUGUAGACAGAAACUUAUAAUUUUUAUUUUGUAUACACUACACCCAAUUGUUCCUUUUUUUGUAAUUGUACAUUGAUGAGAUGAAAUGAGAUGUUGAUCAUGCUCUCUCUC